AUGGCUACGUCCCAGCCUGCAGCCAAAAAGCGGGCAACAGAAGCCGUCCCGGAUGCCUCUGAACUGGUAUCAUUUGAACAUGGAGCAGCGGGACACCAAGGCAUCUCCUCCAACGCCUCGGGCUCACUACUGAUCAAACCUUGUGUCCAAGCCGAAAUCGACUUCUACGAGUCUGCCAAAGAACACCCACUCUUUCAAGCCCACAUGCCCACCUUCAUCGGCAGUCUAAUGCAGAACGACGAUGAGGCCGAGUCAGCCGAGACAGGAGCAUCCACAAACGCAAGCGCAGGGCCUGUCGUGACAGACCCAACGCCGGGUCUCAUCAAGCGCGCAACAUGGAAGCCAUCAGGCGGCAAGAAACUGAGCACCGGGCUAGCCAUCGUGCUGGAGAACACGACUCACGGCUUCAAGCACCCGAACGUGCUGGACGUGAAGCUGGGGGCACGGCUGUGGGACGACGCUGCGCCGGGCGCCAAGCGGAAGACCCUCGACGACGUCGCCGCUUCCACGACCAGCGGCAGUCUAGGCUUUCGCGUUGCAGGCAUGAAGGUCCAUCUCGACGGAAACGGCGGUGAUGCUACCGAGGCGCCGGAGCCAAACGUCGAGAUCAAGAACGGCGCCAAGUCGUAUAACAAACACUAUGGCCGGACGUUCGACAAGGAUAGCGUCGUGGACGCGUUCACGACGUAUCUUGGUGGUGUGACGCGAAACGAGGCAUCAGGGGGCAAAGUCGAGUUCAAGAAACGUCAUGGCGCGCUGAUCGCUAAGCGUAUGAUUCGUGAGCUCGAGAGUAUACAGUAUGUGUUGGAGAACCAGGAGAGCAGGAUGUAUUCGGCUUCCGUAUUGUGGGUGUACGAAGGGGAUGAUGAGGCGUUGGAGGCCGGGUUGAAAGCUGAAGAGGAAGGGGAUGGGAAGGAGGAGGAGGAUGAAGAAGGCGAUGAUCAUGACGAUGACGACGAUGAGGUCGUGACGCAGAAGGUGCUCGAGGCUAGAUUGAUUGAUUUCGCACAUGCCAAAUGGACGCCUGGUGAGGGUCCGGAUGAGAACGCCCUGCAUGGGAUUAGGAGUCAGAUUCAGAUAUUAAAGGGGUUGGUCGGAUAG